AUGAAUUUCAGAAAUAUUGAUUGGGACUCAUUAUUUUCCUAUUCCACAAUUAAGAUUGUAAGAAUAAGGGAUAAGAGACUAGGAAUUCUUCAUUUUGCAUUCUUAAUAGGUAUUAUUUUAUAUAUUAUUGUUGGUACUAUAUUUUUACAAAAGAAAUAUUUGGUAUUAGAGUCACCAAUAGGAUCGAUUAGAACCUCAUUAAUGGCACCAAGUGUUAAACCAACAGAUUUACCAUAUUGUUUAAAAAAUGGAACAGAUACAUCAUAUGAUGGAUAUCCAAAUAAACCAUGUCAAUAUUGGGAUGAAUAUUUAGUAUUAUAUCCUCCAUCAGAGGAGAGUUCAAUGUUUAUUACGACUAGAUGUACUCAAGAAACUCAAUCAACAGUUAAUGGAUGUAAUUUAAGUGAACCUACAUGUGUAUACAAUACAACAUCAUCAUCAGAUUUCUAUAUAGCCAAUGUGGAGAAUUUUACAAUCUUAUUGGAUCACACAUUAUCUGCGCCAAGUCUAGGAAUUCAAUAUAAUGGAGCGCAAUUAAAUGGGCAAUUAUUGGAUACCGAUGGUAACCCAAUGUCAUUGCCACCACCAAAUAUUGUAGGUGUUAAAGGUUCACCAGAUAUAAUGAGUUUACAAGGAGUCUUAACUGCUGCUGGUGUUGAAUCAUUGGAUAGUCAAGGUUUAGCAAAUAAAAGUCGUACAAUUCGUGAUGAUGGUAUUUUAAUUUUAUGUUUUAUUACAUAUAGUAAUACUUAUACAUAUAAUACUGGAAAUUACCAUUACACUUAUCAAUUCAAAUUGGUUCAAAAUACAAAGUAUAAAAUUGUUGAACCAGUUUUCACUAAAGAUGUUGAAGAUAGGUAUAUUUUUGAUCGUCAUGGAGUUAGAAUUAUUUUUAUUCAAACUGGUCAAUUAGGUCAAUUUGAUUUCCAAACAAUGUUAUUAACAUUUGUAUCAGGUAUAGGUUUAGUUACAGCUGCUUCAUUAAUUGUGGAUAUUAUUGCUACUAGAAUUAUGCCCCAAAGAAGUAGAUAUCAAGAAUUAAAAUUCCAAGAUUCUUCAAUUAACAAUACUCAAAAAACACCAACAAAUGAUCAUACUCCAUUAUUAAAAGAUAAUGAAGAUACAAUUAAUGAAAAUUCAUAUCAAAAUAAUAGUUAUGAGAAAUAA